AUGCUAGGUGAUAAACUUGAUUUCACAAAUUAUAAUAAAAUGUUUUAUGAGGGAGUAGUCCAACUUUUAAAUAAUCACUUUGGUAGUAAAUGGAGAAAGUUAAACUUAGAAAGAAAAUUAGUUGAAGAACAAUUAGUUGAUGAAGAUGAGACUGAGAUGCUAAAUGAACAAAUGAGAAUGGUUUUGCACAAUUUACAUGAUACUCAGCACAUAGAAAAAACCAUAAAGAAAGUGCUAAAUAAUAAAACAUUAAAUGAAUUUAUGGAAGAUUAUCUUCCAUCAGAUGAUGAGGACAAUUUAUCCGAUUCAUCAAAAAAAAUUUCAAAGAAAAAGAGAUAUGAUGAAGAAAUAGAAAAUGAUAAUUUAAAUAGUGUGUUCAAUUAUGAGGAUUAUUUAGAUGCUAUCUUUGAAGACUUUGAUAUGAUUGAAAUAAACAUGUCGAAAAGAUUUAAAAAUGCAAUUGGACCAGAUCCAAAAUACGCUUUAAAUAGUGUAGAUCAGUACAUUUAUCAUAGAAUAGGACAGUUAAUCUUUGAUUACAUAAAGAAAAGAUUAAAUGAAAAAGAAAAAAUAGAUAAUCUGUUAUUAUAUGGUAUAUUAGACGAAGAAAAUGUAAAUUUAGAACUCAUGCUUAGAAAAUUCAUCCCAUGCUUAGAUUUUUCUAUUAAAAAGAAUAAAACUAUUACACAAGAAGUUGUUGAAGACACAAGAGAAAUUAAGUUAGACAAAUAUUAUAAAAGAAUGAUGUAUGAUAGAACAUAA